AUGUCAUUGUCAAUAUAUAUAUACUCAAGCAACCUCUUUACAAAUGGAAAGCCUAUUCAGAAACUCUUUGGAACUGUUAGAUCUCUUUUGCUUUACAAAGCCAUCAACAACAACAACAACAACAACAUGCCUAGGGGUCGACCACUUUCUUUGCAGACGGUGGAACUCAAAGUAAGGAUGUGUUGCCCUGGUUGUGAGAGAGUUGUCAAAGACGCUGUCCUCAAGCUUAGAGGGGUGGAUUCAGUAGAGAUCGAUGUAGAGAUGGAAAAGGUGACCAUAAUGGGAUACGUCGAUAGAAAAAAGGUGCUAAAAGUAGUGAGAAGAUCAGGAAAGAGGGCAGAAUUUUGGCCAUACCCAAAUCCACCACUAUAUUUCACAUCGUCAAAUAAUUAUUUCAAAGAUACAACAACAGAGUACAAAGAAAGUUACAAUUAUUGGAGGCAUGGUUACAAUGCUACUGAUAAGUAUGGUACUUUGCCUAUAACUCAAAGAGGAGAUGACAAAGUUAGCAAUUUGUUUAAUGAUGAUAAUGUAUAUUCUUGUUCUAUCAUGUAAUUUAUAAAAUAUGUAUGUUAAUUAAUUAUAAUCUUGGUAUUAUUGUU